GGUGGCCGGCGGUCAUGUCUCUCUCGCGCCCCGCGUGGCCUGCGGGGCCUGCCCGGCCUGUCACCUCAGAACGGCCUCCUGAGGAUCCCGCUGCGGCGUCACCCAGCAGCAAGCGGCCCGGUCCGGAGGAGGCUGCCGGCGGCGUCUCUGAGGCGGGAUGGCCGCUGCUGGUGGUGCCUCGCUUGUCUGAGGUAGAAAAGGCCUGGGAGUGGUCGCCCAGACCCUUCACGGCGUUCCUCGUUCCAAAGAACCCGGGGAGCUCGGCCAGGGGGAGGCGGCGGUGUGGCCUGGGGUGGCCGGACGGAACAUUCCAGACGCAGAGCGGUUGGCGGUCUGGAAUCUCAGGAAGAGUAGCUUGUUCGAGGGCUCCAGGAAGGUCUCCUGGGCCAGGGCUGCAGGGCAGGGAGGCUCUGGGGGUGCUCCGUGGUGGCCGAGCCGAAGUGAGUCACUUUCCGCCCGACACCUCCAAGCCCGGAGUCCAAAGUGUCAAACAUGAGCCCGAAGAACUCCCUGUCCGAGGGAAGGAAACUCUUCUGAAAGAAAAGAAUUCUGUGAGACAGCCAGGAAACCCACUUCUAGAUGUUACAGUUUCUGAGGAAACUAAGUCAACAUUACACGACCUUAAGGACAGACGUAAAGUGGACAGUGUCGUAACCUCAGAGAAAAAAGAAAACAGCGUUUCAUCAUCUACACUAAAAAUACCAAAAUUUCAAAACCAGGCCUGCUUGGAAAGCGCCAAACCCAGCUCUUUUAGAGAUAACAUCACAAUAAUUUACCCCGAGUUUCCAAGGGAUUUAAAUAGCAACAUGUCCUUUGUCUAUUUAAAGGAAAUAGCAAAGAAAAAGAAUGACAAAACUGAGGCAUAUGUUAGGGAUUUCACAAACAUUUGCUGGUCCCAAAAUAGACCUGAUGCUAAGAAACAAAAGUUACAGGAUGAUAAAAAAAAUGUAUGUGUGGAAAACUGUUUUUCUGAGUAUUGUGAAAGUCACCACCAGUCACUCACUGUUGAAGGGAAAAUAGACUCGAUCGAUCUAAACUACUAUCACCACAGUAGUAUUGAGUGUGAUGUAAGAGAGACUGAAAAGAAUUUCACUCUAACAGUAGAAGAUGUGGAUAGGGAGGGAACAGAAAGGACUCUAGAUUCUUACAUACCUACCAGAAAAGAAGAAUUUCAAAGCUUGGGCUAUAACAGAUCUGUUUUGAAAAGGAAGAGGGGAAAUAGUUGGAUAUUGAAUAAUUUUAGGAUUAUCUGUGAAACUAUGAAAAAACUUGGAGAAAAUUUGAAUUUGGCAAAGUUGCUAGAGACUGACCUUUUAAACAAGGGAGAUUAUCACAAUGCAAAAUUCAGGGAUGUACAUGAACAACACUCAAAGACGCUGAUGGUAGGAACUGUGGGUCAUCCCCCCAAUUUUAUAGAGGUUGUUUGGUUUAAUGGUAAAGGCAAAAAUGCCAAUAUACUUCAGCUGAGGUACUAUACUAUACAAAAAUACAUUUCCAAAAAUAAAGACAAUAAUACUUUAACCUGCCAUCAGACCCCUCACUUCAUUUUUAAGUUCAUAUUUGAAGAUGUCUUUCAAGUUAGGCAACUGGGCACAUUGUUAAGCCAAAAUACAACGCACAGUGACCAGAUGAAUGCUAUGGUGAUAACUCAGGAGCUCAGCUUGGAGAACUUGUUAGGUGAAAUAGAAUGGAAAAUAUGUGAUUUUAUUCUGAAGAAGGAUGUAAAGGCCACAGAAAGUUCAAGGAGUUGCCAAGCUCAUAAGGCUAUCGACACAGAGAAGGAAGAGGAUAGCUCUCCUCCAAUUGACAGAGUGUCUUUAGUGCAGUUAGCUUCACGAGUGAGUAAGAAUGUAAAUGUGGAAGAAACUAAAUCUGCUAAUCAAAAUAACGGAACUAAAAUAAAAGAGGAUGGAGGUAUUUUGCAAGAAAGCGAGUUAGCUAAUUCAAAGCAUUUUCAUCCUGAGAAUGACUCUACAUUAUAUGCUGAUCAUCAGUUUGAAAGUGAUUCAAGUGGAGAGAACAAUGAGUGUUUUCAGGGCUUAACUGCUCAAUGUUUAUCAACAGAAACUCUGCCAAUAGCAGAAGAUUUCGAGAUGAAGAGUAAAUUUGAUUUAGUACUUGAAGAGCUUCGUAUGUUUCAUGAAAUUAGUAAGGAAAAUGAAAUUCCAAGUACUGCGGAAACAAACAUUAGGAAAGAAAAUUACUUUGGAGAAAGUAAUGAUAUUAAGGAGGCAAGAAUGGAGAUAGAAAAAGAUUUGGAAAUGGUUGAAACCAAUAAAAGAAAUGCAUCUUCUUUGCCGCUCGAUUUGAAAGCAGGCCCCAACAAACAUAGGCACCAAGGUUUAUUUAAUUGGAAAACAAUACCUAUUCAUGGAGGACAGGUAGUUCCCAAUGAGUAUUAUCCAAGAUCAGAGGAAGAACUCCUCCAUUCUACUUCUGAGGAAGAUUAUAAGAAACCUUUCCCUAGAAGUUCUGCUUUUUCUCCUGAUGAAUGUAAAAUAGAAAAGUACAAUUAUUUAUUGAAGGGAGCUCAAGAAAUAUCACACAAGAAAAAGCAAAAAGCAUAUAAGAGUUGGAAGAUGAGGAGAAAGGAUGUGACAUGUCGUCUUCUGGGUAUGAAACAGCGAUCAUGAAGUCACGGCAGCUCCUGUUGCCUGCACUGGGUCUGCACAAAGCCAUGCCUGCCAGCAGCCAGCCAUGGAUAUUGGAGGAGCUCACAGAGCCCCACCUCUCCAUGCUGAACUCAUGGCUACUGAAAGAUACUAUGGGAAGGAAAAUCAGUGUCUUCAGUUGUGUGCCCAUUGGUGAGCCCACCAAGCUUCGCUGGAUGGUUCCAGACCCAAGGUCACUCAGAUGUCCCUAUUUAAACUCAGGGGUUCAUGAAGAAAACAAAAAGACAUGAGCACGAGAAAGAGAGCUCCAGGGAGGAAUGUUGACCACAGUGGGAGGAAUAUAAGAAAGGGUGCAGGUGAGAGUAAUCAAAAUGUGUUACAACCAUGCAUGGCAUUGUUAAAUAAAUUUAAUGAAAAAAUAAGAUAAUAAAGGGUCUGUACUUGUAAUAACAAGUUUUAAGGGGUGAUAAUAAGAUGGGAGAAAUUAAGAUCUGGAAGACCAGAGAGAUGGUCAAGAAACUGAGAGGCUUUACUUCAGAAAACAUUUAAUCACAUGCUCAAUUCAUAAAGAUUGAAGACAAAUAAGUAUUUGAGAAAUUACAAAUCAGAAGAUAAAAUCAUCACGGAAUGAAAGGAAUAUUGAGGCAGGUAGUGAAGGGUGGUGUGAAUUGAUGGUUUAUAAUUUAGAACGGAGGAUUUUCCAAAGAAACACAAUAAGUAGCCUGAACACAUCAAUUAUAUGCAAUGAGGACCACUCCCUUCCAUAUAAUCCCACUGAUAGGAGGGAUAAAAUAAUUCACCAUCUGAAUGAUAUCAGGAAAACAAUGCCCUAAAAGGAAAGACAAGUUUCCAUCAAGACAAGAAGGUGAAUGGAAAUUUAGAGAUGAAUUA